AUGGUGUUUUCAACGUCAUACCCGUCGCAUGUCCAAAGGAUACUCGAUCUCAGGGAAACGCGACCAAAGCAUCAGCCAUACUCGGUCGCACUCCCAGGUACAAACCAACCCGGUCGCUCAAAUGUGUACAGACAUUGGCAAUUUGUGGAUGGAAUGCUGGAAGGUAUCGGCCCGGAUAUAUUGACUGCUCACGACAUGUUCGAGGCCACUGUGAAGAGCAAUCCAAACUCAGACUAUCUCGGCCGCCGACCAUACGACCCCGUUCGGCGAUGCCAUCUUCCUUGGGAAUGGCUGAGUUUCAAGACCGUCCAGCAACGCAGGAACAACAUUGGAAAGGGCCUCGUAGAAAUACACGAGCGGGCCGGUAAGAUCGGAACACAGUUUGGUAUAGGGCUUUGGUGCGAAAACCGACCUGAAUGGCCAAUCGUCGAUCUCGCAUGCAUGUCGCAAUCACUCUUCAGUGUCUCAUUAUACGAUACGCUUGGCCCGGAUGCAUCAGAGUACAUUAUUCGUCACGCCGAGUUGACCUGUGUUGUUACUUCUGUCAGUCAUGUUCCAGCACUGAUCGCUCUGAAGCCGAACUUGCCUGGGCUCAAGUGUCUGGUGAUACUGGACGAUGUUCAGCCCCGCUCAGACAACCAAGACUCUCUGUCGCGAAACCGGCUGUUGGUAUCUAUUACAGAAGCACUCAAGCUGGACCUUCAAAUUUACUCGCUGAAAGAAAUUGAGCAAUUGGGCGCAGCCUCUUCCAGGUCACUGCGGCCCCCACAGCCGGAUGAUAUAGCCACCAUCAACUACACCUCGGGAACUACCGGGGCGCCCAAAGGCGUCGUCUUGACACACAAGGGCUCGGUCGCAGCGACAGUUGGCUCUAUCCUUGAUGCGGGACUGCCGGGCAACGAUGUCAUGAUCUCGUACUUACCAUUGGCCCACGUCUAUGGCCGACUUUUGGAACACCUCGGCGCUUUCAGUGGGGCCAAGAUGGGAUAUUUCAGCGGCGACAUUUCCAAUCUUGUAGAGGGUCUGCAGUCCCUCCGGCCGACCAUCUUCCCGUCAGUUCCAAGAAUUUACAACCGAUUCGGCGGUAUCCUCAAGUCGGCUACACUCGAAGCUUCCGGGAUCCGAGGGGCUGUGAGCAGGUACAUUGUGGCAACCAAACUGGCGAACCUCGAAGACACAGAAGCUCCUACUAACAAGCACCCGCUUCACGAUAGGAUCUGGGGCCGGCAGAUCAUGGCCACACUGGGCCUCGACCGCGCACAUACAAUGAUUACCGGUUCUGCGCCACUGGACCCAGCAUUGCACAAGUUCUUGAGUGUCGUGAGUGGAUCUAGCGUGAUCCAGGGUUACGGUAUGACCGAGACGUACGCUUGUGCGUUGGCACAAAAUCGGGCUGAUGCCAGCACGGGACACUGCGGAGGUCUCGUACCGUCGACAGAGGCCUGCUUGCUCUCCGUGCCUGAAAUGGGUUACACCAUCGAAGACGCCCCGUGUCCACGUGGUGAACUGUUGCUGAGGGGGCCCAACUUAUUCAAAGAGUAUCUGAAGAACCCGGAGCAAACGGCCGAGAGCUUCACCGAAGACGGUUGGUUCCGCACGGGCGAUAUCGCAUCAAUCGACGACAUGGGUCGCUUCACCAUUGUCGACCGUCGCAAGAACCUUCUCAAGCUCGCUCAGGGCGAGUACGUAUCGCCAGAGCGUCUCGAGGGCAUCUAUCUAUCUGGCUGCAGAUACAUCGCCCAGGCCUUUGUCCAUGGUGACAGUCUGCAGGCAUUCACCGUCGGCAUGUUUGGUGUAGACCCUGAGCUCUUUGCGCCUUUUGCAUCCCAAGUCCUCGGCCGUGUAGUUUCAUCGUCGGACUUGCCAGCCAUCAGAGAAGCGUGUGGGGAUGCUGCAGUGCGUGCUCGGGUAUUCCAGGAUCUCGAGGCGGUGGGCAAGGCGAACAAGUUUGCGAGUUACGAGCGUGUCAAGAACUUUGACCUCUCCAUCGACCCGUUCUCGGUAGGCAACGAAACCCUUACACCGACUCUCAAACUUCAGCGGAAGAAAGUCGGAGACUUGUAUCGAGACCGGCUCUCGGGAUUGUAUGCUCAAGUCUUGGAGGGUCGCGAGGACCACAUCACAGCUCAACCUGUUUCCAAGCUGUGA